AUGGUGACGUUAAAGCCUCAGGUGUGGACCGCACUAAUUUUGAAUCCGCAUUUUACGGCCGAGCCCCACACGCCGACGAAACCUCCGCUCCUGACGUUUCCUGAAGUGUACAAUAUAUUUCAUUGUUUUGGCUACAGCCUUCGCAUUGCGUUGACAUGUGCCGAACACACCGCCGUAUCGCGUUCGCACGGAAUCGAGUGGGAUGCGAUUGAAGUGCCUUCGAAGCUCCUCUCGAAGUUCUGCUACCAUCGAGAAACGAUUCAAAUGGUGUCAGGACACGUCGAUACGGGGGCUCCGCUGCCAGACUGUAUGUUUGACAAGCUCGUGGCCUCCACACGCAUCAUGGCCGCGACCAACUUGCUCAAGCAACUGGAAUUUUCCGCCCUCGAUAUGGCAUUGCAUCACCAGUACGACCCGUAUUCCACCACGGAAACCAUCUUCGAUGUCAAGGACCGAGUCGCGGAACGCUACUUGUGGUCAGAAGCCAUGUCGGCGGAUGCAUUCGGUCGAUUCGAAGAAGCGACCACCCCAGAAGAAUGGCAGGCUGUGGGCCGCGACUCGCUCCUGGCGAUGCUAGGAAGUGCCCAUCCAUUGGACGCGUUCAAGAGGUUCCGACGGCGACCGCCCAACAUGGACGCGUUGCUGCGCAGUUAUGGCCUGGAUUAA